AAUAUUGUUUUGACGAUCGCGUGGACUCAGCCUUGACCUAGACUCACAAGAACGACAUCUAGCCCAUUACAAAAGCUGAGUAUCCUGCAUUUCCCUGCUGUGUAAAGCGAGGUGAUUAACACAGACCACAUGCCAACAGUGAUUGGAGCAGAAAUCAAACAUGACAGAGGGACAGAGGCCACAACGAAAGAUGUCCACAUCUGGGGAGAGUUUAUACCAGAUAUUAGGAGUGGAGAAGGGUGCUUCUGCUGAAGAAAUUAAAAAAGCAUACAGGAAACUUGCGCUGAAAUAUCACCCUGACAAGAACCCGGAUAACCCAGAAGCUGCUGAAAGGUUCAAAGAGAUUAAUAACGCAAACUCUGUCCUCAACGAUGAGACCAAACGCAAGAUCUACGAUGAGUACGGCUCAAUGGGCCUGUACGUUGCAGACCAGUUCGGCGAGGACAUGGUUAAAUACCAUUUCCUAGCGUCAAAGUGCUGGUUCAAGGCAUUACUGGUCUGUAGUAUGAUCUUCACCUGCUGCUGCUGCUUCUGCUGCUGCUGUUGCUGUUGUGGCAAGUGUGGUUCUUCUCUGGAAGAAGAUGAGAAUUACGAGUAUGUGGAUCCAGAGGUUCUACAGGCAGACGAGAAUGAAGACCAGGAUUCUGUGGUUACUGGACAGCCCACCUCAAGUUUUGCCACUGAGAAUUCAGGUUUUGCUUCAGAGCCCACUGUGAUUGUGGGGAUGCCCAUUCCCGUCUCAGCUCCUGAAAACUCAGGUGGUGAUACAUCCAUAGAGGUUCAGUUCCCUUCAGCUGCCAGUACCACAGAGAAUGGCCAGGCCUCAGUGAACUCUACUGGCGACACUGAUCUGACAGAAGUUGACUGACCUGCCUGCAUGCUCCCACUCAAGUAUACUGCCAGAUGCAAACCUGCAAAUGUGCUGCCUGUUCAGUGUAUGUGGCCCCUCUUGACUUGUAGUAUAUGCUGUUUAUUGCACUUUUUUGAAUGAGUGUAUCAAGUUUACAGUGUAUUCUUGUUGAAAAGACGUUUUCGGAUCAAUCUGUCAAUUUGAAAAGCCCUGAGAAAGAGGACUUGUAAUGGAAAUUUUGGACAAAAUAAUCAACCUCAGGGGC